UAUGACGAGCCAAAUAAAAGAUAGUGCAUUCUUUAAUUUCUUUGUUGACAAUCCUGAAAAUCAUUCAUUAUAAAUUAAUGGUUAGAUGAAGAAUUAAGAUACUAAAUUCAGAUAUAGAAAAUAUUGUAAAAGUUAAACAGUUGAUGUUCGCUUCCCUUGGAAUUCUACUAAGGUUCAUUUCAGAGUUAGAGAUCAUACUGAUUUGAAAUUAGGUUUAGAUUUGGGUUAAUGGAAACUUAGUAAAUUUGAAGCCUCUUACUUUGCCAAAGUCUUUUCUGUCAAUAAAAAAUUUUCAUAUUAAUUUGGAUUUUAAAAGGAAGUAAAUCAGAAAUUCUGGCAUUCCUUAUGUAAUCAAUAUAUUUAUGUUUAGGGGCAACUUUCAAUUCAGGAUUAUUCGUCAAUUAUAACUUUAAUUUCACACAACCAUAAUGGUACUUAAGAGAAGGAAUCUAAUGGAACACUAGUAAUAAUCAAUUUAAUUUUGAUGGACUAUUUAAUUACACUUAAAAUUUAAAUGAAUUCUUCAUAAAGGCUUCUAAUACUUUAGAUAACACAUUAAGUUGUUAAAACUAAGAAAUCAAACUUGGUUAUUUGAGAAGAAGAGGAAAUGAUAAAGCUUGUGGAUUUUUAGUGGAUAAUAAAUUUAAUAUUGAAUUAAUCUGUCAUGCAAAAGUGAAGAAAUGUGAUUGGAGAUUUUUCAUUAAUAAAUAAUUGGAAGUCAGAUAAUAUGUUAAAUACAAUUAUAAUGAUUCGUAAAUAAUUUAAAUAAAUUAUUUAGUUUAACUAUCCAUUCAGGAUUAUCUGUACCAUUAAAGACAAUAGGUAAAGUGUGCCCAAUGUCAUACUUAACUGCUUUAUAAGUUGAGUUAAACAUUUGAC